AUGGACGCAUUACCUGACCUGGUAAUCCAUGAAAUCCUGAAAUCUCUAUCUACCAAACAAGCCGUCCGGGCUAUCAUUCUCUCCAAGCAAUGGGAACGUGUCUGGUUUUCGGUCCCCGCAUUAGAUUUCGACGUGGAUGAAAUAGAGCAACUUGGUGAGGAUGAUGAUCUUCAUGCCAACCGUCUUCGUCGACACAUAAAGUUCGCCGAGUUUGUAACAAUGUGUUUGAAGCGGCGUGAGAAAGAUAAAUCCUUGCAUAGAUUGAGGCUUCGGAUUCGCAUGAGAUAUCUGUCUUUAGAUGAAACAUGUAGCUCUCAUAUUGUGAGAAAGUGUUUGAGAUUUGCUAUGAAUAGACAUGUUAAAGAGCUAUACCUGGCUGUCAUAGAUGGCAGCGAGUCAUUAUUUGUCCUUGGAAACAUUGAAGUUUCGAGCUCAAGCCUCAAAUCCCUGGAAUUUAUCAGUUUUCCAGAGCGCCACGCUAGGCUUCAAGUUGAAGCUAUGAAUCUUGAGUCUCUUGGAGUUGGCAGUGAAAAGGGGAAGUCCUGGUCUUCGUACACUAUUGAUUUUGCUUCUUGCGGACAGCUUAGGAACUAA